AUGCAUUUCGUCAAGACCUUCAUCUCACUCUUCGCCCUCUCCGGUUUUGCUAUUGCCGAGCUGGGCGGUGACUUCGACGCCGAGUACGGCCUUGCUCGCCGCGAGGUCGAAACCGCCCGGGACGGAUACCUCGCUGCCCGUGACGAGCUCCUCGUCGCCCGCGAGGAGUACAUGGAGAAGCGUGACCUUUUGAAGAAGACGGGAAAGUGCUACAAGGACGGCAUUAUGAACUUGUGCGGGAGGCCGGUCAAGAAGAAGGGAGCUAAGAAGGUAGAGAUGGAGCCAUGUGGUCCUAUCUGCCCCCGUGGUUUUGACGGAAAGUCAUGCCCUUGCGCGAAGUAA